AUGGCCGCUGUGCUGAGAGGGUCCCUGUGCCUAGUAGGAAGGUGUCGUAAACAUGUUGACUUUGCGUGCGUUUUCACAAGGUCUAUGGCCUCAAAGACACAAGUGGGGUUUGUGGGUCUGGGAAAUAUGGGAAACCCAAUGGCGAAGAAUCUGCUGAAGCACGGCUACCCAGUUAUUGCCACAGAUGUAUUCCCAGAGUCCUGUAAAGAGGUUCAAGAGCUGGGUGCUCAGAUCGUGGAUAAUCCUGCAGAGGUUGCCGACAAAGCGGAUCGUAUUAUUACCAUGCUUCCCUCUAGUCCUAAUGUCAUUGAUGUCUACACGGGACCCAACGGCAUUCUCAAAAAAGUAAAGAAAGGAUCCUUGCUGAUUGACUCCAGCACCAUUGAUCCAUCUGUUUCUAAGGAGAUGGCUGCUGCCGCGUUGAAGUUGGGGGCAGUUUUUAUGGAUGCACCUGUAUCGGGAGGUGUGGGCGCUGCCAGCUCAGGUAAACUGACUUUCAUGGUCGGAGGAGUGGAGGAGGAAUUCACUGCAGCCAAAGAGCUUCUGAGCUGCAUGGGAGCGAAUGUGGUUUACUGCGGUCAAGUUGGAACGGGACAGGCUGCAAAAAUCUGCAACAACAUGCUUUUAGCCAUAGGAAUGAUCGGGACUUCAGAGACGAUGAAUUUGGGCAUCAGACUCGGACUAGAUCCCAAACUUUUGGCCAAAAUUUUAAACAUGAGUUCAGGCCGCUGUUGGUCCAGUGACACCUAUAACCCCGUGCCAGGAGUCAUGGAGGGAGUCCCGUCUGGAAACAACUACCAGGGAGGUUUUGGCACACAGCUGAUGGCUAAGGACUUGGGCCUGGCGCAGAACACCGCCACCAACACGAGGACUCCUGUCCCCCUCGGCUCCUUGGCCCACCAGAUCUACCGCAUGAUGUGUGCGCGCGGUUACGCCAAUAAAGACUUCUCCUCCGUGUUCCAGUUCCUGCGCGAGGAGGAGGGCCAGUAGCAUCAGCUCCCACCACCCCGUCCACAACGUUGCCUGCACAGGACUAACAUAGCGUGUAGUUAGGGUGCAUUUCCACACAGAGACAUUAUGUUGCCCCCAAGUUAGGAAAAACAGGAAGCCCAGCACAGUCUGGUGGAUAACUUCAGCACUUCUUCAAUGUUGGAAAUUAUAUUUCUUCUGUGAUUAAGCCUUUUUUUAUAUAAUGAAACACUUUUCUGUUUUAACCUCAUGUCGAUGGUCACUACACACAGAGGAAAAUCCCCCCCGAAAAGUUAACUUUAUUACUUUGCUUAAAAGCUGCAAUGUGGGUUUAGUCUCUACAUAUUUAUCACGUGUUUUCUUUAUUUUUCUUUACAAUGUUCUUUCUGGUCACAUUAGGGUUUUUCUGUUGACAUUGGAGUUGUUACUUUUAAAUGUAAUAUCCUGUUGGAGAAUAAACACAAAUUACUCAAAAGUG